CAGAUUACAAAGCACCCGUGCUUAGCGCACGGGCAUUAUGAGCCCAGCCAACAGCAUCAUCACUAUCCACGCCAGUCGCGCGGCGGACUGCCGCACCCGAGCACUCAUUCUCCAAACUGAGUUCUCGACACCAACCGCAACAAUCCGCAUCCAAGCAAUCACCAACCAUGGCUGCCAUCCCCGCUACCUUCAAGGCCUACGAGUACCAGCACUUCGGUGACUUCCUUGAGCAGAUCAAGUUUAACCCGGCCGCCGAGCAGAAGCCCGUGCAGCCCAACGAGGUGAAGAUCAAGAUCUUCAGUGCGUCGCUCAACCCUAUCGACUACAAGAUCGGACUCUACGCGUCCAUGAUCCUGUCCACCAUGGCGUCACCCGAACACCCGUACCGCGUGGGCCACGACCUGUCUGGCAAGGUCGUGGAAGUCGGCAGCGACGUGAAGGACUACAAGGUGGGCGACGAGGUGUUCGCCAUGCCGUGGUUCGAUGCCACCGGAACAUUCGCCGAGUACAUCAACGUGGACACGAAGCGCGUGGCGCACAAGCCGAGCAACAUGACGUUCAACGAGGCCGCAGGUGUGCCAUUGGCGGGCCAGACGAGCUGGCAGGCGCUGGUGACGUACGGCAAACUGCAGAAGGGUCAGCGUGUGCUCAUCUUGGGUGGCAGCAGCGGCACGGGUCUGUUCGCCAUCCAGAUCGCCAAGGCGCUUGGCGCGGAGGUCGUGGCUACAUGCAGUCACCGCAAUGUGGAGCUCGUCAAGUCGCUGGGUGCCGACCAAGUCAUCGACUACACGAGUGCCAAGUGGAGUGAGGUGCUGGCCGAACACUCGGUGGACCUCAUCUACGACUGCGGCGUGGAGUCCCAGUCGUGGAAUGACGCCGCACAGAAGGUGCUCAAGGAACAGACCGGUAUCUUCGUGACGAUCGGCGUGAUCGACAAGCCGAUCGAGUCUCCUAUCGGUGCCACGCAGAACCAGAUCUUCAACGCACCUUGUACGGAGUAUCUGCUGGAGCUCAAGAGGUUGAUCGAAGCUGGCCAGGUGAAGACCGUCAUUGACUCGGUGCACCCGUUGGAGAACCUGGUGGAGGCUAUGAAGAUCUGUAUGUCACACCGCGCGAAGGGCAAGAUCAUCAUUGAGGUGGCCAAGGAGUAAACUGAAAUACUUACAGCUAGGGGAGUACCAGUUCAGUUGUGCAACAGUAGCCUUUGAGGGAUAACAUGAUAUAUCACUUUUUACAUUACCAAAAAGUGUUGGUCUUGGUGCGAGCUCUCAGAAUGCUCAACUCAUGAGCUGUCGU